AUGUCGCCACGAGAGACCAACGCCACCUCCGCAAAGCGACGCUCUUCGUUGUCGUUUCGUUCGCGCCCACGCACUGCAGGUCAUGCUAUCCCGACGUCAAAGGAGAUGACUUUGGACACAUGGGAUGAGCCACGCUUGACGGAAAUCUGCCAGGAUGACCACACAUCGGUCGUGGAAGAGAUAGACCCGUUCCCGAACGUGGCUCCGCGACGCCGUGGCGCCAAGAGCUUUUCGAGUUUGAAGCAUCCUGUGGAUGGUUUGGUCGCUCUCGGCCAUCGCCUGUCCGUCAGUCUUCGCAAGCCUUCCAAGCAAACAACUCCUCUCACCGAGGACACUAAAUUGGUUGAUAACGAUGAAAACCGUUACUACCACCAUAGUUCGAACCAUGCGAAUCACAAGCGCAUGGCUUCCGGUAGCUGGGAUCUCCGGUCAACAAAAACACUUUGGCACCAGGGAUAUAGCGUCAAUAGACGCCCUUCUUUGAAUAGUGUGUCUGCCCUGCACAGUUUCUAUGCACCCACUGCCUCUAUCCCUGCCCCCAUCCCGGGCCGUGGGCAGGCACCUCCAGUUCUGCCGAAUCACAUGUCUGCAGGUGCAGCGGCGCGUGCCGCAGCCGCAGCUCAAAAUGAGCAGAUGGAGGCUGCGCGAAAAGCGGAAUUAGAGAACAAAAUGCUUGAUUUGAGAGUUCCCCAGGACUCGGAGAGCGGUAUUUGUAUUGACUUGGGCGAUCGAUCGGAUACGUCAGACAGCGAGUUGCUGGCCAUGACGCGACUCGAUCCCGUGGCUCUACUUCCGGCUGAGAUUACAUCACACAUUUUUUCAUAUUUGGAUCCUGAUUCCCUCAUGGACGCAGAGCUCGUCUCCCGCGCCUGGUGUCGUGCAUCCUCUUCCCAUGUUUGGAGGCAUGUAUUCCGCAAUGCAUAUGGCCGUCGGCCAUUAAGUGAGACGGCCUCCAAGGUGAAGCUGUCAUCUGGAUUAGGGAAGUCAAUCCCGAAUCAGGACUGGAAGAAGAAGUUCCUUGUUCGGCGCGCUCUCGAUCAGCGCUGGAAGGAUGGCAAGGCUGCAGCCAUUUAUCUUCAAGGUCACGAGGACAGCGUUUAUUGUUCCCAAUUUGACGAGAACAAAAUCAUUACUGGCUCCCGUGACCGGACAGUUCGUGUAUGGGACGCGCACUAUCCGUGGUCAUGCAAGAAGAUUAUUGGGCCACCAGCGGCUCGAACUUUCCGUGAUGGUCCAGUGAACAAUCCAACUUUCCAGGCCACGGGAAAGGCCCCCUUUAUGACUAUUACCCCGCCGUGGCCCACGCCGGACGAAAUAGCGGCAAUUACAACACCAUUAGAGAAAGAAUCGAUAUACCACAGCGCAUCAAUCCUGUGCCUGCAGUUUGACGAAGAGAUCAUGGUCACAGGGUCUUCUGACUUUACCUGUAUCAUGUAUGACGUCAAGGACGACUACCGACCAAUUCGUCGUCUUUCCGGUCAUCAAGCCGGUGUGCUUGAUGUGUGCUUUGAUGACCGGUACAUCGUAUCAUGCUCCAAGGAUACUACCAUCUGUGUCUGGGAUCGAAACACCGGUGCGCUUUUGAGGCAACUCAACGGUCACGAAGGACCAGUGAAUGCUGUGCAGCUCCGCGGUGACCUUAUCGUGUCAGCCAGCGGUGACGGUGUUGCCAAGAUGUGGAACGUGAUCUCAGGCCAAUGUGUCAAGGAGUUCACCAGCAAAGACCGUGGCCUCGCGUGUGUCGAAUUCAGUGACGAUGGCCGGACCAUCCUCACUGGCGGCAACGACCGCAUAAUCUAUCAAUUCGAUGCUAACACGGGCGAGCUCGUCAAUGAGCUGCACGGGCAUUCAGGUCUCAUUCGAUCUCUGCAUCUCGACAGCGCCAAUAAGCGCAUCAUUAGCGGUAGCUAUGACAUGAGCGUCAAGGUGUUCGACCGUGAUACGGGUAAUAUGUCCAUCGACUUCCCUGGCUGGACUACAAGCUGGAUGUUGAGCGUACAGUCCGAUUAUAGACGCAUUGUUGCGACGAGCCAGGACUCCCGGGCUGUCAUUAUGGACUUUGGAUAUGGCAUAGACGGGAUCGACCUGUUAGAGGAGUGA